AUGUACCAUGAAGGUGGUAGGGAGGUCACGGAUGGCCUCGUCGAGCAAGUCGCAUGUCGCGAUGGUGGUGUCCAUGUUGAAUGCCCGAAAGAAGCACGUAAUGCGAUGAACGGCCACUAUGAAGUCCACGUCAAGUGGCUCGGCCUGGAUGCCGAGGAGUCGCCGUGGGUGCUGGUCGAGAGGUUGCUUGAAGAUAUCCCAGUCAUAUUGCGCAAGUGGUGCGACACCCAAAUGGAUGAAGAUCAUGUCUCGGACUAA